AUGAAAAUGAACACUGAGAGCAGGUUGAUGACCCUUUGGGUUGUGAUCUCUGUGGCACUUUGUUCCAGUGUUAGAAACUCAGUAUCAGCUUCGAAGCAGUGCCAUUUCCCUGCCAUCUUCAACUUUGGUGACUCCAAUUCUGACACUGGAGGCCUCUCUGCUGCCUUUGGACAGGCUGGCCCUCCCCAUGGGGAGUCCUACUUCCAUCACCCUGCUGGCCGUUACUGUGAUGGCCGUCUCAUUGCUGAUUUCAUAGGAUUCAAAUUCAUCAUAUUUCAAGAGACUAGUUGGACUUGUUUCCCUAACAAAUGUCCUAUCUUAUGCAUCGCCACACUCUCCAAAUCCAACGCCCUCGUCAAAAUCGUAAAACCCCACCCUAAUAUCAGCCUCAUCAUAACUCCCCUCCGUCAGAUUCAACCCCGGAACAGCCCUACCCCAUCGCGCGAACGCCCUCCUGAACACCUCAGUCGUGUUCCCCGGAAUCCUUCUUGUCGGGAAGAACCCGUACGUAAGCCUCAUCCCGGAGAACCACCGCCGCCCGGCCUUGGGCCACGACACAUUCCCCACGGCGGAGAACUCGAAGUUCACGUCCGGGACGCCGCACCGCGGCAGCGAAAGUUGGUGGAACGUCUCGUUGGUUACCCUAACAAAUGUCCUAUCUUAUGCAUCGCCACACUCUCCAAAUCCAACGCCCUCGUCAAAAUCGUAAAACCCCACCCUAAUAUCAGCCUCAUCAUAACUCCCCUCCGUCAGAUUCAACCUCGGAACAGCCCUACCCCAUCGCGCGAACGCCCUCUUGAACACCUCAGUCGCGUUCCCCGGAAUCCUUCUCGUCGGGAAGAACCCGUACGUGAGCCUCAUCCCGGAGAACCACUGCCGCCCGGCCUUGGGCCACGACACAUUCCCCACGGCGGAGAACUCGAAGUUCACGUCCGGGACGCCGCACCGCGGCAGCGAAAGUUGGUGGAACGUCUCGUUGCUAAGAAGCUGGGCCUGCCUUAUUUGAAUGCAUUUCUUGAUUCUGUGGGGUCAAAUUAUAGCCAUGGAGCCAACUUUGCAACUGCUGGAUCCACCAUUAGACCUCAGAACACAACCCUUCAUCAAACUGGAGGGUUCAGCCCUUUCUCUUUGGAUGUUCAAUUCAAUCAAUUCAGUGAUUUCCAACGCAGGACCCAGUUUUUUCGCAGCAAAGGUGGAGUAUAUAAAACAAUGUUACCAAAAGCAGAAGAUUUUUCUCGAGCAUUGUACACGUUUGAUAUUGGUCAAAAUGACUUGACAUCCGGUUUCUUCCACAACAUGUCCACGGAUCAAGUUAAAGCAUAUGUUCCAGAUGUUUUGGCUCAAUUCAAGACCGUAAUCAAGUAUGUAUAUAAUCAUGGAGGAAGGUCAUUUUGGGUUCACAAUACGGGUCCAGCUGGUUGUUUGCCAUACAUAAUGGAGCUUCACCCUGUAAAAUCAUCAUUGGUGGACAAAUCAGGAUGUGCAACCCCUUACAAUGAAGUGGCCAAGUUCUUCAAUAGUGAAUUGAAAGAGAUUGUGGUUCAACUCAGAAAAGAGCUUCCCCUAGCUGCCAUCACGUAUGUUGAUGUUUACUCUGUGAAGUACUCUCUCAUUAGUCAGCCAAAGAAGCAUGGUUUUGAGGAACCAUUGAGAGCAUGUUGUGGACAUGGUGGUAAGUACAACUACAAUUUACACAUUGGAUGUGGUGCUAAGAUUAAGAUUCAUGGGAAAGAGAUUCUGGUGGGGAAGCCAUGCAAGGAUCCAUCUGUUUGGGUUAAUUGGGAUGGUGUUCAUUACACGGAGGCUGCAAACAAAUGGGUGCUUGAACGGAUUGUUGAUGGUGCAUUUUCUGAUCCACCUAUUCCUUUGAACAUGGCUUGUCAUAAGCAUCUUUGA